GUUGCCCUUUGACCUGAAGAAAAGCUUCGUCCCUUCAAAAGCAGAAGGGAAGGGGAAGGUGGAAAAUCCCUUCCCUUCUUUGUUAAGGAAAUUUCUCUGCGAAUUCGAGGGCUUUCUUUCUCCGCCAUAGCCACCGAGGAUGAAGCACUGUGAUCUUGGAAUUGGCGAUGUACGGAGCCGUCUCUCUCCUCUCGCUCGUCCCUUCACCUUCGGUUCUUCUUCUUCUUCGUUUGUCCAACCAGGUUCUUCCGGUGUAUUCUCUGUUGCGGCUUCUGAAUCCGAGCCUGAAGAUUCCAUCUGGGGUGAUUAUGCCUUUGAUCUCUCCUUCUUGACGUCCGACGACCAGAGAAGUGGUGGUCUCGAUGACGAUUCUCUGUCUAACUUGUCUCGCGAUGCAGACGCCGCUUCUGCUCGUCUUAAAGCAGAAGGAUCAGAGCUGUUUGGACAAGCUGCUUAUGCAUCAGAAAAAGAUCAGAGGAUCAACCCUGAAACUAUGAGACAAGAAAAUGUCGAAUCAUUUCUCGGGAUCUCAAAUUUUCUGGAGUCAGAUUUGAGACCUGCUGAUUCUCAGCCUCAAGUGUCACUCUCAAUACCUGUCAUUUCCUCAAACCAAUCAAACUCGGUUGUUAACUUGGAGGGGGGAUUUGCUACGCAUUUCCCCUCAACAUCAGUUCUUGGACACACGGGCACAACUCCUGCAGUCAAUGGUGUCUCGGUGGCUAAUGUGAACUCUGCUGAUGGUAGUGCUGCGGGACAGCCGCCCUAUGCCAAAGGAAAGGCGGCGUUUUUUGGAAAAGUCUUGGUGAACCAAAGCAUCGGUGAAAACGAUCCUAGUUCAUUCUUCUCAAAGACAUCCGAGCUGCGGAUAAGGUGCUCCAUUGGUUCUGAUAAUGACAAGCCUGAUCCGUGCAGUACCAAUGCAGUUGGCAUACCUGAGAAAUCUUCUGAACCUUCUGACCAGGAGGACUCUGAAGUGGAUUCUCCUUGCUGGAAAGGAACACAAUCUUACAAUACUGUGGCCUCAGGUUCCAAGGCUAUGAGUUCGAGGCGCUCUAGUGAUGAUCUUAACAGAUCCUACGGAUUAAAUCCUUUGGCUCCUCGUUUCAUACCGGCCAGUGCUAAGAAAAGUUUAGACAAGCAUGUCAAAGAAUGUGGAGAGGGCAGCGCUUCAUCUUUGAAGAAGUCCCUGUCUUCAACCUUUCCAUUAUCAUCAGAAGACUACAGCUUAACAGAUAUCCCUAAGAAAGCUGUGAUACAGAAAAACAGUGGCAAAACCGAUAGAGCAACGGGAACAAGCUUUCUGAUCCAUAAUGCAGAUAAAAGCUUUGGUUUUGUUUCUCAAGAUAAUGUUUCCAACACUACGAGUACAUUGGAUUCUAGGACCGAAAUCCAAACACCCAAAAAGUUGGAUCCUUCAGCCCCUGUUUUUGUUCCUGCCAGUGCAAAAUUAGGUGCUGCUGUGCAUGAUAAACAAGGUGGAGUAGAUCACUUGGUAGAUUUCAAUACAAAUGCACACUCAACUGCUGCUCUAUCUUCUUUGAGUGGUGGGUUGCUGAAUCAUGUCAAGGAAGAGAUGUCUUCUGCAGCAGUCAGCAGCAGUUUUGGGCAUCAAUACUAUAAUGGUGCUCGUGAACCAGGAACAUCAGGUUCAUUGAACCCGUGGCUUGGAGCUGAAGUUGGAAUCUCUGAGAAUGUGAAUCUGAAAAGUCCGAAUGACAAGUUGCAUGGAAGGCACAGGGACAGCAAUGCGUCUGACACUGCCUUAGUUAGAUCAAAAUCAUCAGUAUAUGCGCAACCAUAUUCCAGUGGAAUUGGGAUGACCCAGACGGAACAUGUCAGUCCAAGCAAGUUACAUGGGAGAGCUCAUCUAAUAUCUUCUGUUGCUGACCAAUCUACAAAGUUAGGCGAUCACUUCGUGUCUGUUAAGCAACUUGUGGUGGAGCCAAAAACACUUUCGAUGAAGGGUAAUAAAGAUAUUGAUCAUUUUCUGUCUUUUCAUAUCUCGGAAGAUUCUGCAGGUCCAUCUUCAGGCAACAUGAAAGCUUUGUCCAACCUAAGCCCGAGACAUGGCUGUCCGUCAUCAUUGUCGUCUCCAGAAAUGGAUGUCAAAAAGCUCCUUACAACCAUGCAUGGGCUGUCAGAGUCGCUGACACAUAUAAAGGGUGUACAAGGCCAUUCAUGUGGUUCAGAUUUACAAAAUGAGCAAGAGGUUAUACUUAUCAACUGCAUUGUACAGAAUCUCAACUUGUAUAUGAGAAGCAGAAUUGAGGGACAUGCUGGGAAUUCCUCUAAUGUUCGACAUGGUUCAUAUGACCCGAAGCAGUUUGCUAAUGUGCAUGAGUUAUCGAUUAGAGACCUUCGGCCACCAGGGGCAAGCAAUAUGACUGUCAACCUUGAUCCUAAAAGGAAAGAGAAAUACUCUGCAGUCUCGGGUGAGAUAGUACCACAUUCUCAUUUGAGAGAAAGUAGUGUGGCCAGAGGGAAUGGCUCUGCCCAGGUUACUGCUAAUAGUGCUUUUCAACAGAAUCAUACAACAGAAGAACAAACUAACCCACAGGCGUUGUUCUAUAGAAGCUUAUGGCUUAAGGCCGAAGCAGAUAGGUGCUUGAUAGAAUAUGAGGCUUCUCUUUCAAGGAUGAAACUUUGAGCCACCUGGUGACGUUUAAGAGAAUUCAUACGGUUAGAAUUUGUGGGGGGCGGGAUUUUUAAAAGAACAGCCUCAGAAUGUCAUGUUUCUGAAUCAAGAUGGACUGGAUGAUGUAAAUUGACAUGGAAACCUUCUGCUACAAAGCGGCUGUAAAAUGAACUGCUGGAGCAUGAAAAUGCUACACGGUGAAAUGUGCUGUGGGGAUUGGCAUCAGACAUGUUUGAGCAGUUGGAAGAGUGUUUUUGGUUGCUGCUUGGAUGUUGCCUGUGCUGAAGAUAGGAAGUGAAUGUAUUCCUCUUGUGUCCUGAAUUUGGAUUUACGACAAUGUAUGCACUAUGUUUAUGUUUCUCUUCUCUUUGCUAAUGAUCACUGUCCCGACCAA